AUACUGUACUGGAAACUUCCUGUAUCUGUGUGUAGGGUGGGACAGCGGAAGCGGCGGGUUGCACAGCUCUGACAUUUUCAUUUUUGCCUGCUAGGUUUGGGACAUCGUACCAAAAUGCCGGCAUACCACUCAAGCCUGAUGGACACGGACACCAAACUGGUGGGGAAUAUGGCGUUAUUGCCCCUUAAAACACAGUUUAAGGGUCCUGCUCCUAAAGAAACCAAAGACACAGAUACUAUCGAUGAGGCCAUCUACUACUUCAAAGCCAAUGUUUUCUUCAAGAACUAUGAAAUUAAGAAUGAGGCUGAUCGGACUUUGAUCUACAUCACUCUUUACAUCUCUGAGUGCCUCAAGAAGCUCCAAAAGUGCAGUUCAAGGAGCCAAGGAGAGAAGGAGAUGUACACGCUGGGAAUUACCAAUUUCCCCAUCCCUGGAGAACCUGGCUUCCCUCUGAAUGCAAUGUAUGCUAAACCUUCCAACAAACAGGAGGAAGAAACGAUGAGGGCUUACCUGCAGCAAAUCCGACAGGAGACGGGACUGAGAUUGUGUGACCGUGUGUUCGACCCUCAGACAGACAAACCAAGCAAGUGGUGGGUGUGCUUUGUGAAGAAACAGUUCAUGAACAAAAGUCUGUCUGCACCUGGCCAGUAACAAACAACUCAGGAUCUCUCUGUGUACUUCUGCGUGGGAUGUGGAUGGAUCCGUUUUUGUUUUGUUUUUUUCUUUAAUGUGUAUGCGAGCGUGUUUACUUUGAUUCUGAAAAAAAGAGAUUUUUUUUACUUGUGAUUCCUGCCUGUCAUGGAAAGCAGGAGCCGAUCAAAUAAAAACAUAUAUUAAAGAGAAA